UUUAAAGAUUCUUAGCCCCACGCUCGAUAUCCACAAAGUCAAAGCUGCUAUGGCCCGUUCAUCUCCCGCCACAUUGAUAAAUCUGCCUGCUGAACUUCGACUUCAAAUUGUCAAUUAUCUUGACUACCCUUCGCAGUUGAUUUUGUCUCAGUCUAAUAGGUAUUUACGCUCUAUUGUUGGGGUUGAAAAGCCUACAACAGUGGAGCAGAAGUUAUCAUACUUGUGUCUUGCAGAGACAUGGAGAAGGUACGAUGAUAACUUUGCUUGUAGCCGCUGUCUCAAGCUUCGUUCCAAGGAUGAGUUUGCCGACAAACAAGUAUCGGGAAAGAGGGGGAAACAACACACUGAAAAUAAUCGUCGAUUCUGCCUCGCUUGUGGUGUCUGGAAAGGCAUAUACCAAACUGGACAGGUGAUACGGAUUAAGAAACAUGAUCACUUCCUCUGCUGUUUGUGUUGGGAGAUAUGUGGAUAUGGGCUAUAUUGUCGAGUUUGCAGUCGCUGCGAGGAUUGCCUUCAGCCUGCAAUGGCCAAAAGCAAUACCGAACCAGCUGUUUCGGGACAAUUGAGGGAAGAUAGCCACUGCCCUAAUUGCCUAGAACACCGUUUGAGAUAUUUGGGAGAUCCUGAGCCGACCCCAUCUGCGAGUGCGGAGGACAUGCUACUCCAGCUACCUCUAUCACUGAGGAUGGCCGAAUUCAAAGAAUACUAUGGGAUGAUAGCUAGCCCAGAAUGGUUUGAGGAAGAUAUUGCGAAGGGAAUUUUCUAGUCUGAUAUUACACUUCUUUGCCUUAUCUGCUUGCCAUAUAUACAUAUAUAUCUUAUCCAUAG